UUUCCAGAUGGUCAGAGCCACCUGAACCUGUUCAACUCGCGGCAGCAGCCGAAAAAGAAGCGAAAAUCCCGGACCGCGUUCACCAACCAUCAAAUCUACGAGCUGGAGAAAAGAUUCCUCUACCAAAAGUAUCUCAGUCCGGCUGAUAGAGAUGAAAUUGCCGCGAGUUUAGGACUGACGAAUGCCCAAGUGAUAACGUGGUUCCAGAACCGACGGGCCAAGCUGAAAAGAGACCUGGAAGAGCUGAAGAAGGACGUGGAGAGUACAAAGUAUUUGACCGUCCAAAAAAGCUUCCUGGAAAAUGUACAAGAUUUGGGCGUCUUGAAAAAGAAGCCGGUUGUAAAUGAGGACGAUUGUCCGAAAAAUUUGGUUGUUAGUUCCGAUAAAUAAAUGUUAAGUUUUUUUUUAUGUUUUGUACGUACUAAAUAGCGUUAGGUGUUGAUCUUUCUUGACUUUAUUCUCUUUAUCCUCCAGAGAGGAUGUUUUACUAAAAAUGAAUGUUUUAAUUCUUCAAGAAAUAGUUAGUAACCACGAUGCGAUAUGAACAAUUUUUUCCAAAUGUAUUUAUGGAUUCCAUGUAUCUAAAUAUAGUUCUACACUUCACAUUUAAUAUUUUGAAGUAAACUUGAUUGUAGAGAUUUAAGGGAUUUCAUGAAUAUUAAAUAGAAAUUCAUACAGUGUGUUCGAAUUUGAUAUGAAGGAGACAAGUAAAUUUUGCUAGUGUUUUGUUUUUAUACGUGUAAUUUAUCCAAAUGCGUCUAGGAUUGGUACUGUAUAUUUUUUUGAUAAAUUUAAUAAUUAAUACAGUUCUAAGUGCAUUUUGUACUUAAGUCCUGUUAAAUAUUUUAAAGUCCAAUUUUUGCGACAAUAAUCCUACCGACAAUAGUAUAUUAUGCAACAAGUGCGGUAAACGGCAUUUGACUCAUGAGUUUAUUUUACUCGAGCGGAGCGAGUGUUUAAUAAACGAGUGAUUUCAAAAGAUAACCGAACGUGUUGCAUACUAUACUUUUUCUACGACCGUUAGUUUUUCGGUACAUUUUCGCAAAACAAUACGCAAAACAAUACGAAUACACUCACUGACAUCAGACCGUCAGAAUUAACAAAUGUCAAAAUUCAAGCCGUGCGGUAAAACCCGGAAAUAUCCGAAGUGGCUCGGAUCCGUGGGAAACGAAAGUGACGUGGUAAAGUGACACUUCCAGCAUACUAGAUCGGUGUGUAAUUAGGUAUUUUACAGACGGGAGUAGAAAAACAUUUUUUUAUUUAUUAAUUACAUACCGGAGGAAUAACUCUUUAUACGAUUUUUAUAUUGGUUGUUGUAUUGGUUAGAAUAACUAUUUUUUCUAUAAUUUUUUGUCGAAAGAGAAACUUAUUUGGAUUUGGGCGUAAAGGGUGCAAAAACUACAUCAUGGGUAAAGUCAAUCAAAGUUCAAAUUUAUACACACUGUAAAGCGUGAGUCAACGAUAGAGUAUUUCAUUGGUUUCAAAAUUUAUGAAAAAAUGGUAAAAGCAAAACAGAAAUUUAUUUGGAUUUGAUCGUAGAGGAUGCAAAAACUACAUCAUGGGUGAAGACAAGUUCAAAGUUCAAAUGUAUACACACUCUACAGUAAAGUUCAUUUUCUCGUAAGUUUCAAAAGUUAUGAGAAAAUGGUAAAAAUUGAAAUAUUGAAAAAGCUAAUAUUUCAAAACAAAAUUUAAAUAUAGGGUAUUCCAUUAAUAAAAUAUAUGUUUCAUUCGUUACGUUUCUUAGGGCCGCCAUGUAUACAUUGGGUAAAAUGAUUUUAAAUUGUGCAUCUUAAUCUGUCCAACUUCCUGUACACGCAGAUUAACAAGAAAUAAUAUUGGGAUAAAUUUAUAAUUUUGUUGAUUUACAAUUCUUUAUAGUUUUAAAAUAAUGUGGAAUAUUCGUUUCAGGUCAACAUUGUAAAGCACUGUAAAUAUAAAAUGUAAAUACUGUAAAAUAUAACGAGAUGUACUGUAAAACGUGUAAAUUAUAUUUAAACGAAAUGUAUUUAAUGUAAUAUUUAUUGAUUGGUCCGUAGAACGGAAAACUUGCAAUAUAUAUUUCCACGUACGUACGUAUAGAAAAAUUUGAUGUCCGUGACAUGGCUUAACCUAUUUUAAACCUGCCGUACAGUUGAUGUAA